AGAUGGAGCAAACAUGUGAUGAUAUAGAUGAAAUGUUCAGCAAUUUACUUGGGGAGAUGGACAUGCUGACCCAGAGUUUAGGAGUGGAGACUGUACAACCUCCAUCCCCCAAAGUGUCCAACAAUGAAUUUAGCUUUACAGUUGGUUUUAAAGAUUUAAAUGAAUCCCUAAGUGCCCUAGAGGACAAAGACCUGGAUGCUUUAAUGGCUGAUCUUGUAGCAGACAUAAAUGAUGUUGAACAGAGAACUUUACAAGCCCAGAAAACUUCUGGCAACCAGCAAAGUACAGUCACUCAGCCUUCUACAGGCUUGGGUAGUGAUAUUUAUUCUAAAUCAAGUCCCUAUGUUACCAUUACUGGACAGUUUGGGGAUGACUUGCCGCCUCCACCUCCAGACCCUGAUUUAGACCUUCCACCACCACCACCACCUCCUCCUCCUGAGCCACUCACCCAGGCAGAACAAGAGGCACAGGCUAAAGCUGACAAGAUUAAACUUGCAUUGGAGAAACUGAAGGAAGCCAAAGUUAAAAAGCUUGUUGUCAAGGUGCACAUGUACGAUAACAGCACAAAGUCACUAAUGGUGGAUGAGCGUCAGGUGACACGGGAUGUUUUAGACAAUCUCUUCGAGAAAACCCAUUGCGACUGCAACGUUGACUGGUGUCUGUAUGAAAUGUACCCAGAGCUGCAAAUUGAAAGGUUUUUUGAAGACCAUGAAAAUGUUGUUGAAGUGUUAUCAGAUUGGACCCGAGACACUGAGAAUAAGAUUCUGUUUUUGGAAAAAAGUGAAAAAUAUGCUUUAUUUAAAAAUCCCCAGAAUUUCUACCUGGCACACAAAGGGAAGAAUGAAAGCAAAGAAAUGAAUGAUAAAAACAAAGAGGCUUUACUGGAGGAAAGCUUCUGUGGGACAUCUGUCAUUGUGCCAGAGCUUGAAGGGGCCCUUUAUUUAAAAGAAGAUGGAAAAAAGUCCUGGAAGAGGCGUUAUUUUCUUCUACGAGCUUCUGGAAUUUAUUAUGUACCCAAAGGAAAAACCAAGACAUCACGGGACCUGGCAUGCUUCAUUCAGUUUGAGAAUGUGAACGUUUAUUAUGGUUCUCAACACAAAAUGAAAUAUAAGGCACCUACAGAUCACUGCUUUGUCUUAAAGCACCCCCAAAUUCAAAAGGAGUCACAAUAUAUCAAGUACUUAUGCUGCGAUGAUCAAGCGACCCUGCAUCAGUGGGUAACAGGAAUAAGAAUUGCCAAGUAUGGCAAGACACUAUAUGAUAAUUACAAAUGUGCAGUGAAGAAAGCUGGCUUGCCCUCUCGGUGGACAAAUCAAGGGAUGAUGGAACCAACUGCCCCUGCAGGAUCCUUAUCAGCAGGUGCUGUUCAGUCAAACGGACAGGUUCCCCAAAUUGUUCGUCGUUCCAGUGCAGAAUUUCCAGAGACUCAGAAGAAAGCGGAUACAUCAGAGGCCAAGUCAAAUAACAUCAGCACGCUUGGCCUGGCGCAGUCGGUGAUGAGGCCACAGAAAUACCAGAGUAAGAGGAACUCGCUGCAGCCUCCUCCUCCACCUGAAAGGCGGUCAUCUGCUGUUUCUGUUUCACCAAUUCUACCCUCCAAAGUCAAACGAGACAGUGGCAUUUUCCUAACAGAUCCAGAGAGCUUCCCAGCACCACCACCUCCAUUAAAGAUUGAUUUUCCACCGCCACCAUCUGAUUUCUGUGAACCUCCUCCUGAUUUUGUGCCUCCACCACCACCAGCCUCCAGCAGCGGUAACGGAGACCUGCCAUUACCCCCUCCACCUCCACCUCCCUCCAGUAAGCCACCACCUCCGAUAAAGAAACCUGUGCCUCUUCCUUCAAAAAGGCUAGAAAACACAGGACAAGCUGGAGAGCCACGGUCCACUGGGCCACCUCCGAUUGGGGGUGGAGGCAGGCAAGCAGAUUUCAUGUCUGACCUAAUGAAAGCUCUUGAGAAGAAAAGGGGCAGCAGCUCCUGAACUCUGAGAGCAGGUGGACUUCAAGCCGUAGCUGGUUUUGUGAGGCAUCAUGGAAGGUUGUGCUGGAUCAGGCUCCUCCAGGAGGAGUUCUC